GGCGUGCGCCUAGGCGCCGCUAGGGACCCCCUCCGGACAAGCGCAGAGUCAGAAGGGCGCGCGCGGCUGAGGCGGCGCGGUGGGAGGUGCACCAUGCCGGGGAUGGUGCUGUUCGGCCGGCGCUGGUCCCUAGCUAGCGACGACCUGGUGUUCCCCGGGUCUUUUGAGCUGUUCCUGCGUGUGCUGUGGUGGAUCGCCAGUCUGACGUUAUACCUCAUGCACAGAAGGAAGCUGGACUGUCCUGGUGGGGUCUUGCUCAGCACGUACCUGAUCGUCCUCCUUGUUCUCCUGGCUGUUAUUAUAGGCAUCGUGCUGGCCAUCGUGUGUGUCAGCAUGAGAGGAACCAUUUGUAACCCUGGACCUCGGAAGUCUAUGUCUAAGCUGCUCUAUAUCCGACUGGCCCUCUUCCUGCCAGAGAUGGUCUGGGCUUCUCUGGGGGCUGCCUGGGUGGCAAAAGGUAUCCAAUGUGACAGGACAGUUGUGAUUGGCAUCAUCGCCACCGUCAUUGUCAGUUGGAUUGUCAUCGCUGCCACUAUGGUCACCAUCGUCUUUGUCUUUGACCCGCUGGGUGGGAAAAUGGCUCCGUAUCCCCCAUGCAUCCCUGAACACCUGGACAGUAACAGUUCAAACCAUUUAUUGACCGGCCUGAGGACGGCUGCAAAGAGCGUGUGGGAGACCCGGGUGCAAUGCUGCUGCUGCUGCAUUGGGCAGGACGACAACACCAGAGUCGCCUUUUCCAGCACGGCCGACCUGUUCUCCACCUACUUCUCUGACACAGACCUGGUGCCCAGCGAUAUUGCAGCCGGCUUCACCCUUCUCCACCAGCAACAGGACAAGAUCAGCCACAGCCGGGAGCCUUCGGAGGUCGUGACCCACACACCAGGGCAACCUCAGGAAACAGAGCUGGACGCGGAAGUGGAAAACUGCCAUCACUACAUGCCGUUUGCAGCAGCUGCCUACGGAUGGCCCCUCUACAUCUACAGGAACCCGUUCACGGGGCUGUGCAGGAUCGGUGGUGACUGCUGCAGAGGCAGAGACAUAGAGUAUGAUGCCGUGGAAGGUGACGAGCACCACUGCCACUUCGCCUCCAUCCUGAAGACGACGGGGCUGCAGUACAGAGACUUCAUCCACGUUAGCUUUCACGACAAGGUGUACGAGCUGCCCUUCAUAGUGGUUCUGGAUCACAGGAAGGAGUCUGUUGUGGUUGCCGUGAGAGGGACCAUGUCUCUCCAGGACGUCCUGACCGAUCUGUCUGCCGAGAGCGAGAACCUAGAGCUGGAUAUCGAGCUACAGGACUGCGUGGCCCACAAGGGAAUUGCUCAAGCGGCCAGAUACAUUUAUCGAAGACUGGUCAACGAUGGGAUUCUUAGCCAAGCCUUCAGUGUUGCUCCGGAGUACCGGCUCGUUGUGGUGGGGCACAGCCUGGGAGCUGGAGCUGCGGCCCUGUUAGCCAUCAUGCUCCGCGGGGCCUACCCACAAGUCCGUGCUUAUGCCUUCUCCCCGCCCAGGGGGCUGCUGAGGUCUCUGCCUCCCAUCUCACAGUAGGAGCACUGGGACUGCAGGUGCACCUCUCACAGUAGGAGCACUGGGAUUGCAGGUGGCCAUCUCACAGUAGGAGCACUGGGAUUGAAGGUGCACCUCUCACAGUAGGAGCACUGGGAUUGCAGGUGGCCAUCUCACAGUAGGAGCACUGGAUUGCAGGUGACCUCUCACAGUAGGAGCACUGGACUGCAGGUGCAUUCCAUUCCAUCCAGCUUUUCCCUUAUUUCUACAAGAAACCAGGUAAUUUGUUGAGAAGAGCUCGUCACAUCCUAGAUCCGGCUAUUUUUCCUUUGUGUUGGGGAAUGUGUUUCUUGCCAUGACAGCAGAACUUUCACCUGGCAGGGGCAAUGGGGAAUAAGGAACAAUGGAUGGGUGUCCAGCAAAGCUGGGAUCGAGUGGCCGGGUGCCCUGAUUGGGAUGCCCCAGCAGCCCUGAAACUCAGCACUUUUAUCAUCUAAGCCGAGUGAGAAGGCAGGUUUAUUACAGACUGCUCAGAGUGGGAGGGUAACUUGUCUCAAAGAGGGUCUUGGGGGGAGGGGCGGCCAGUCAUCCAGGAAGAGGAAGCUGUGGCUGAUGCUUUUCUGCACACUGGCAACACUCCCAUCCCUUUGGGUCUGAGUGUUAGGACCCUUAAUGUGGCUGUGCUCCUGGCCACAAUACGCAUUCACCCCAGACAGCAUCUGCUCCCCACGCUGAGUCCACCUACAUGGUUUGUCUUAUAUGGGAAGCAGGAGAGGAGGAGAGAUGGCUCAGGGUCGGGAGCUCCUGCUGCUCUGUGAGCACCCGAGUUCAGAUGCUCUCAACCACCUAACGCCAGCUCUCGGGGGUCUCGGGGGUCUGACACCCUCCUCUGGCCUCUGGCCAACCACAAGCAUGUUCACACCACACACGUUCCCACAUAUACACACACGUAAAGCCUUAAAAAGAGAAAGAAAAUGGUAGUGAUCACUGAGGAUCAGGCCUGAUUCAGAGUGGAUGGUUUUAGGCCUGUAUGCUUCCUGCCGGCCGCACUCAGAGCCAGACUUUACCGUCUCUCCCCAUAGUGUUAGCGGUAAGAGUCACGUGCCGGAUAGAUUGCGUCAGGGACUGAGAAAUAGGAAGUGGGUUCUGUUCCUUCUGCACUGCUUAGCUGAGUGACCUACAAAGGUCAGAAACUGAGAAACACAAGUUUCUGCCUGUGUUAAGAUACAAUUCACGCAAGAAAAUUAGAGAUGCAGAAAUAGUGUGGGGAUUGUUUGGUUUUGGUUUGAGACCAGGUCUUAAACAGUGUAGCCCAACCUGGCCUGGAUCUCAUUAUGUAGCUCAGGCUAGGCCACCUCAGCUUCCUGAGUGCUGGUCCUACAGCUGUGCCCAGAAAAGGAGCCUGUUCAAUUUGGAGCCUGCAUUACAAGCUUGACCCUUAGGGCUAGCUUUUGGUGUCACUUAACUUUGUUUUCUAAUUCAGUAUCGACACAGUUUCCAAGUUCUUGUCCUUUACACCAGAAGUAUGCGUUUCUUAGGUGAUAGUCACCUUUAUGUUUUAUUUACAUAUUUAUGUUUUAAUGAUUUCUGAAUAAUUUCUUAACUAUGUAGCCCAGGCUGGUCCCAAUUCUCAGUCCUCCCUCUACUGCUUAAGUAUGAGCGGGAACACAGGCUGGCCUUGAAUUCAGUCUAGUCCUGGUGGGCCGGUCUUCUUGCCUCCCGCUCCUGAGUGGCUCCUGGACUAGCGUGGCCUCGCAGGUGCCCACCAUACUGGCUAGCCUCUUGCCUCUGCCAGGGCACCGUGGUCGAUGGUGCCCUGAGGGCCUGCUGGGUCACAGGGGUCAUCUGAGGGUUUAGCUGUCCGGUCUCUUUGCGGAGGUCUCCUGUGGCUUUGCCUGGCCCUGGCAGCUGUUUUACUGUCCCUCUGAAGCAGCAGAACUACACUAACUUGUCUCCUGUUCGGA